AUGGCUCUGCGCACGCUCAAUAAGAACAACUCGGCUGUCAAGCGCAUUAUGCAGGAGGCGCGCGAACUUGCGAAUGACCCAAGUACGGACUACUCUGCUGCCCCGCUCGAGGACGAUAUCUUUGAGUGGCAUUGCACGAUUCGAGGACCCAAAGAUACCGAGUUCGAGGGAGGGCUGUAUCAUUUCCGCAUUCUAUUGCCCGCGGAGUACCCGUUCAGGCCACCCAGUAUCAUGAUGCUGACACCAAGCGGACGAUUCGAAUUGAAUACCAAGAUCUGCAUCAGCUUUACCAGUUAUCAUGAAGAGCUAUGGCAACCGGCGUGGGGCGUGCGCACCGCUAUCAUUGGACUACAGGGGUUCUUCCCGCUGCGCGGAACCGAUGCAGUCGGUGUCGGCUCGCUAGAGACGACCUCCGCGGAACGCAGGAGACUAGCAGGGCUCUCGCGCGAGUGGCACUGCGAGGCAUGCGGCAAGCGCAAUGUCGAGAGCCUUCCGGACCCGGAGGCCGCCGAUAAUACGGCGACAGACGGCGACGGCACUUACUCUCACAGUCUUGGGCAUGGGCACAGGCUCGGAGGACAGGAGACGAGGACAGAGCCGGCAACAACGAUGCGUGCGGAGGAGCCCGCGCCGGUGACUGUCACCGCCGCCGAACCGGCACCCGUAUCGUCGGCGACAGAGCGCACCGUUGAACAGCGCUCGGCCGGAGUGGCGUUGGCAUCAGAGCCUCCUGCGCCGCUCCCCGUGCCGAUGCCGCCACACAUGCCGGCCGCUACUCAGGCUGCGAGUAGUGCAUCGGUCGCUGUACCGCCGUCUGGGCGGCCAUUGCUUCUAUUGGACACCGCUAUCUGUGUAUUCAUCGUGCUGAUCCUCUCGCUGCUUGCCAAGCGCGUUCUCUGA